AUGUCUUCGCCAAUAAGACGCCUUUGCCAUUGGGGUCCAAUUGCUGUUUUAGGUAUAAUAAAAUUGAUAACAUGGUCAAUGGUGCAUUUGAUGGGGAUGUGGUGGCCACCCAACGAGAGCCUAGGAGCGGCUUUGCACGCCGCAAUGUUCCUGGGUCUAGCAGCUUGUACGCUGUACUACUUUCUCCAGGCCCUGCUUGAAGGACCUGGUUUUGUUCCUUUGGGAUGGAAGCCAGAAAACGAGGCUGAUAUAGAAUAUUUGCAAUAUUGUACAGUUUGCAAAGGUUAUAAGGCACCGAGAUCUCACCACUGCAGGAAAUGUGGUUACUGUAUAAAGAAAAUGGAUCAUCAUUGUCCUUGGAUAAAUUGUUGCAUUGGACACGAAAAUCACUACUACUUCACGUUGUUCCUGACAUCAGCCGUGUUCGGCUGCUUACAUGCUGCUAUUGUGUUAGGUAUAUGCCUGUAUCAUGCUAUCAACCGUGUGUGGUACGUUCACCAUGGAACCGGACAGGAGCCUAUGAUUUAUCUCACAUUGACCACUCUACUGCUUACAUUGCUAGCAACUGGGAUGGCUAUCGGUGUUGUGUUCGCUGUUGGCACUUUACUGUAUUUGCAGGUUCGUGGCAUAAUAUGGAAUCGGACAACAAUUGAAGACUGGAUUGUGGACAAAGCUGUCCACAGACGAGAGGAGCAAGGUCUUCCGCCCUUUGUGUUUCCUUACGAUUUGGGUUGGAAGAAAAAUUUACAUUUGAUCUUUGGUGGGUCACGGUGUGAUGGGAUACGGUGGCCCAUUGCAGAUGGCUGUGGAGAGUACGAUUUGACGAUGGAGCAGCGCGCCCAGAAAGCGGACAAGCAGUCGCGCGCGCGCACCUUCGUCGCCCGGCGCGCGUACUCGGGGCGCUGGCUGCCGCUGCUGGCCUUCCCGCGCGCCGCGCUGGCGCCGCCCUGCUCCGGGGAGCCGCGCCUGGCGCUGGCGCCCGCGCAGCGCCUGCGGGCCACGCGCCGGCGGCGGCACUGGCUGUUCGGUGAGAAAAUCAUAGAAGGGGGAGAAGGGCAACGUGGGGAGAGAGGGUGGUUCCCUCGUGAUGCGGUCACGCCGAUUGACUCAUAUGAGUCAGAUGCGUACAAGUAUAAGCCAGACUAGUAGAAGAAGUUUGCGAAGAGAGAAGUUCCAUGAGCCUUUAGUAACAAUGAUUUUCUACGUAAUUGAUAAAUUUAUUUUCACUAGCCAGAAUAAUUAUUUAAAUUACAAAACUGCAUGUAAUAUUCAUUCAGCCAGUAAUAUCCCACUGCAGGGCAUAGGUCAUAUAUAGGAGAAGCGUUGCAUGUAAUUUAAUAUAAUGCAAUUUUAAUAAAAAAAAAUUGUCUUUGUAUUCGCAUAAAUGCGAUUUUAUGAACAACUGUUUCUCUUUUUAUGAUAAUUUAUGUAAUAAUAGUAAUAAUUUAUUAUGAAAUCUA